GUGUUGAAAACUACAAACGAAUUUGUCGUAUUGGUGAUCAGAAAACUUUGUGGCAUUUUAUUAACAAAUAUUAAAAAAGUGCAUUAUGGAAAAAUCAUUUCAGUGCAUGAAUUGUACCGCGAUAUUUGCAAAGAAAAAGUUUUUGACCAUCCACCUCAAGGAAGAGUGUGGCGAUGCAGGCGACAGCGUAUAUGAAUUGCGUCUUUCCCAGAGAGACCACGUGCACGGCACUCAAUAUGGUCAAUCUUCUUUGUCGAAUAAUUCUUUUUACAUGCACAAUUGCAUGCCAUCACAGCAACACUAUCCGGAUGAUGGGGUGCUUUUUGCAGGUGUUGCGCAGCAACAGCCACGCCAGAGAUCAGGUAAUUAUGAUUGGGAGCGCAUCAAUUAUAAAAUUGAACAUGACCAACAGAUGGAGACAAUGGUAAAUGAUCGGGAAAUGAAGCCGUCGCACGGCAAUAAUAACAUGAUGCUGCACGGACCCAUUGGUGGGCCUGGCCAAAGGGGUGCCACCUGUUCAAUAGCCGCCUUUAAAUUGGCUGGUUGUCUUAAGAGGACUGCAUCACCCCCAAAUAACAUGGGCCCAAGUGGCCAGUAUGGAGUAAAGCGUCAAUCUGUAGUCUUUAAAAACGAUGAGCCACCCGGCAUCUAUUCUGUUGGACAUGAUGAAAUGGGGUCCAUAACAGGCAUGUCAAUGCCGCAGCGUCAGAUGUGGGGUAACUUUAGCGGGGAAUCCCAGACAGUCGGUGAUAUCCAGAUUGAUCAAAAUCCUUUCCUGACAAAAGGACAAAGCCUGUCUAUGAACCCUUUCAAGCGAAAUACCAACUUUAACUCCGAAUUCGAGAACAACAGCAACUAUGUAAAUAUAAAUAAGGAUUUAUUUUUACCUGGAAAUGGCAAUCCAUUGCCUUCACCGCACAAUUCCGGCGGCUUCUUCCCGAAUGAUUCUAACGUUAAUAGAGCCAAGAGUUGCGGAUUCGGAUUACCCGAUAAUGGCGACGAUUUUGGUCAGCAACAGCAUCGCUCAUUCAUUCCGAUGAAUUCUGAUGAUCGCCAGAUAGAGAAUACUAUCCCAAAUUCAGGAGACUCCUCCAGCAACUGGGCCUAUACAUCGCGACCAUCCUUAAAUUCUCAGCAAAACUAUGGCAAUCCAAAUUUCAAUCCUGAUAACUCGGAGGAAAAUUGGGAUGAUAAUCAAGACUCCGGCGUCAAUGAAGGGCAUAAUAAUGGUGGAAAUUGUGACGAAUCAAUGGAACAUCUCGAUUCCAACAUGCAAAUAUCGAAUUUAAAUUCCAUUCAAGACUCUGGCCAUCAAUCUUCAUCGUCAAAUAUGAGGCUUGCCCGUCAGAAGCAUUAUAAUACCAAUCGUAGUUUAAAUAGAAAGCAAGGAUACAAAAGCAGACAAUUUGGGGGAAACAACGGCGGACGUAACAUGCGCCAAAACAAUAAUGGAUACUAUGGCCAAUUAUCGGAAAACUGCCAACAACAUUUUGGCCCACAAUCUGUAUCGUCAGAUGCAUUGGUUGUAGUUGUAGCUCAUCCUUCCAUAGGAGCAGCUUGUUUAAAUGUGCCUGGCCCUGGUUCAGGUCGUCCAGCUUUAGUUCGUGGCCAGAAGGCGCAAACACAAGCUAAAGUUCUUGCAGUGCAAGAUCAGAUGACAGUAGAUGAGCCAGUGACCACUAAGAAGACCAAGUCGGAGAAGAGGAUUCUCAAAAUUGCCCGUAAGCGUGGUUUCAUCCUUGGCGGCUUUAAAUUGCCUUAUUUCGACAACAAAAGUCAACAAUUGCCCCAACCAGAAAAGGAAUCCUAUGCCUUAGCAUUUUUCGAGGAGAAGCCCAUUUACACUAUCAACGUAAAGAAUGAAGACGAUGAAGUGACUGCCGCUGUAUUCGAUGAUGCAGAUCAGAAGAAUACCAAAGGCGACUCGGAACGACCCUCGCGUUGGAUGGGAAAAACUGCUCGUAAGCAAUUGCGAAUUGAGUGGACUAAUCUCCACGAUUCUAAAGAUUAUAAGAGCUGGAAGAAUUGGUGGACCGACUUCAAGCGUUAUGGAGUCGAAAUCCAAAAGGAAUUGGUCAAACUAGGUUGUUUAAACCUAGAGCAUUGCUUUUUUCCAAACUAUGUCAAUUUAAACACCGAAGAAGUUGUGCACGAUGUCAUUAAAUCGGUUAAAUACGCUUUGGGCAAUAAGCCGGGAAUGCCUUAUGAUAACAUGAAGGCGAUCCUCAUCCUGAUGAAUACCACAUUUUUGGCGAAUCUUAAAUCGGAAUCGGACCUGCAGGCUGUUCAGGAUACUAUUCGCAGUGUCCCAAAUGAGCUCUGGCUUUUCAAAAUGCGCAGCAUGGUCUUCACGUGGGUUAAAUAUAAUAAUAUUAUUAUAAAUAAGAAAGCAGACAAAAAGGCUGCAGUCAAUUGGAUGGCCAAACAAGCGUUUAAAAAUCCAUGCUUCCAUUGGUUGGCAAUGUUGGCCUUUAGCGAGUUAGAAACUGUCAGUGAACUUGCUUGGUCGGAUCAUGAGAAGGAAUUUCCUACUAUCUAAGGAGAUGGUAUUCCAUCGGAAUCGUAUAUAAAUUUAAAACUUAUCUUCUACCUCUGAAUAGCAAAAACAUUGCCGAAUAAUUUUCUUUUGUAUUACGUAACAUAUAAAUAAAAAUCAAUGAUCUUUGA